AUGGCAUCCAAGAAGAACAUUGUCGUCGUCGGAGGGGGGUCUGGUGGCAGCCUUGUAGCCAAAACCCUCGCCGGAAAAAUUCCCUCUGCCCAAGUUACACUCAUUAAUCCGGUGGACUACCUCGUCUCCCGCCCCACACUCCCUCGCAUGACUGUUUCUGACCAAAACGACCUGUUGGAGACUGCUCUCGUGCCAUUUGACAAGCUAUUCACCACCCCAAACGGCAAAUUUGUCAAAGGCCUCGUAGAAACUAUCCAGGCCAACGAGAAAGGCGGCAAUGUGGUCCUCACAGACGGACAGCAAAUUGCCUAUGACUUCCUCGUUCUGGCUCCUGGCUCGAUAUGGGAAGGACCCUUAGACAUUCCUGAAGAUGCUGCUGGUGCUAAAGCGUUUGUGGCCCAGCAACGCGCUGCGUUCAGCAAAGCUUCCAAAAUUGUUCUCGUAGGGGGUGGCGCAGUCGGUAUCGAAUUUGCCGGCGAAAUUAAAGAUAUCUGGCCGACGAAAGAAGUCACGAUCGUGCACGGUGAAAAGGGCCUGCUCAACUCGACGUAUACAGCAAGCUUCCGCAAUGGAAUGGAAAAGGGGCUGCACGCUCGUGGCAUCAACAUUAUCCUUGACGACUUCGUCGACGACAUACCCACCGAUGGAUCUCCAGUGAAGACGCGCAAGGGUCACAGUAUCGAGGCAGACCUGGUGGUUUCAACCCGGGGACCCCGGCCGAGAACUGCGUUCAUUGCCCAAUCGUUGGGUGAAGAUGUCCUUGACAAACGCGGUCAAAUCAAAGUCCAACCCACUCUCCAGCUCAUCGGCCAUUCCAACAUUUUCGCGCUGGGUGACGCCAUUGACUACGUCGAGCAAAAGCAGGUCAUGAAGGCCAUGGCUCAUUCCGGUAUCGUCACCGCCAACAUCGUUGCCUUGGCUUCAGGAAGCACAAAAUUAAAGCCGUACAAGGGCUCGACGGAGAUGAUCAUUGUCACCAAUGGCAAGAAUGGCGGGCGCGCUUACAUUGGGAUGUUGUGGGGCAUUGUACUCGGUGACUGGUUUGCGCGUAUGAUCAAGUCGAAGACACUCCUUGUGCCCAUGACGCGGGGAAACAUGGGAUACUAG